CAUCAAUUCUUCAACACCCAGCGAAGCAUUGAUACCAAGACACACCUCCCUUAGAAUUCUAAACAAAGUGAAACACGAAAUACUUAUAUAUCAAAAACGCACAUAAAGCGAGCGCGAAAAUGUCAUCAUCCGUUCAAGCAGGCCGAGUAACCAAGAAGAACAUCACUACUACCGCGCGGCGGAGACGCGUACAACACCCGAAGAAGACACGAGCUAGUACUACGUUCCAACCACAUGAUCAUGAGUAUGAGCGCAAUGGGAUUCAAUACAACCCAUCCCCAUCACUCCCGCUCGUCGAGCGCACCAACCAACUCAGCAUCCAAGAAUUCACCUCAAAAUACAUCACCCCAGAUUUUCUGACAUACACCUACAAACCCGAACCCCCAUCGUCAUCUGGCGAGCAGAGGUAUAAAUUAUCCAUCCACUCCGCAGCCAGCAUCCCCACCAAUGACCUAAAUGCAUGCUUCGAUCUCAUUGAGGAGACAUCCUCCGAGGCAUACAGGAAUUCCUCGACGGGGUGGUCUCCCAGUAAGAAGAAGAAGGAGAUGAAGCUUCCAGAUAUGAAGUAUUUGGUUGUUCGUCGGGAGAAGGAUUCACUAUCAUCAUCGACCGAUGGUGGUGAAAGGGAGGGGGAGAACGCAGUGGUCGGAUUCAUGUCAUUUAUGAUUACGUACGAAGAUGGGAAAGAGGUGGUGUAUCUCUACGAGAUCCAUUUGUCGGCUGAGGUGCAGAAGCAAGGGCUUGGGAAGCGGUUACUGCUUGUGCUGAUGGAGAUAGGGAGACGGGUUUGUGUGGAGAAGGCGAUGUUGACGGUGUUUACGUCGAAUGGGGUGGCUCAGAGGCUUUAUGAGGCUAUUGGGUUUGGUACGGAUGAGUAUAGUCCUCGACCGAGGAGGUUGAGGAAUGGGAUGGUUAAGGAGCCGGAUUAUAGGAUUAUGUCUGUUAGGUUGGAUGGGGGGCAGUAUGUAUGAUCUAUUGACAUUUAUUCUUUGGAUGGAUGCUAUGGUGUGGGUAUGCAGAUUAAAGUACAGUGAAACUUAAACUUAAAUUUGUCGCACUUCUUUGCCGCGCAACUCUGGGUUGUCGUGUUCCCAUUCGUCGCGGAGGGCUGCGAAGAUGGUGUCGGCUAGUAAUAUUGAUAGA